UGAUAAAAUCAAUACCAGUGGGGCCUGUCCCGUCCUGGCGAGCUGGGAGGUAGGUAGUGAACACACACCACCACAAAUUACAGUGACACUCCGUAAUUAAUGGUAGAACACAAACAGUAGUGGACAUGACAGUUGUAAUGGUAGAAUGGGGAAGAGCCUGGUGAUGGCAACAGCGGCGGACACUCCACUCACACACGCCCUCUCCCUCCCUCCCUCAUCCCCACCCAGCCUGGCCCUCCCACUCUCUCUCUGAGCCAGCCAGCAGCCAGCCAGCGCCUAGCCUGCUGUGAGCGAGCCAGUUGGUCUGAGCGGGUGGUGGUGAGCGGUUGUACGUGCAAUACAAUGAGGCGAGUGCUGCGUGUCUCCGCGGUGAAUACAGGAGUGUCUGAGGGGUGGGAGUAGUGGCGCAGAAUGACGGCGGAUAUCACCACAGUGGGCAGCAUCACCAUGGGCCGCAAGGGGGAGAAAGAGGUGAUUCACUCCGGUCACUUCAUGGUGUCGGACUUCGAGGCGGACGCCCAGGAUGACGAGGAGAACGUGUUGCUGGAGAUCCCGGGGGACAUUAUGGAGGAGUCCGCGGGGUCCAAUGAGCAGGGGAGGGCUCGCCAGCAGCAGGAGCAGGGCGUGAUCACCUACGCCAAGAAGAGCAGCAGGGCCAAGGUGGAGACUGUGAGCAUCGACAGUUCCCUCACCAAGCUGUUCAAUGCCAUGUCCAUCGCUUACAGACACAAGAUAACGUCUCCGAAAUGGAAUCGCUUCAAGGGACUCAAGCUGCGUUGGAAAGACAAGAUUCGCCUCAACAACGUCAUUUGGCGCUGCUGGCACAUGCAGUUCAUCAGGAAGAAGAGAAUGACCGUGUGCCAGUUUGCUCUAGAUGUGGACAUUCAUAAUAAGCCCGAGGCCAUCGUGCUGGAGGGCAAGUACUGGAAGAGGCAGAUGGAGGCAGUCACGGCUGAGUACAAGAAGUGGAGGAUCUAUUACCGGAACAAGAUAUGCGGCAAGAACAUCCUGGAAUCUGACUCGAACCUCUUUGACCUGGAUGGGAUGGACCUGACCCGCAACAGCUAUGGGGUGCCGCUGUCAUUCGAGGAUGGGGACUUCUCGGAGUUCAUGGAUUUCACCGAUGUCCUCUUCUCGUCCCUCAUGAGUGCCCCACAGCCCUUCGCCUUCCCCAACCCUCGGGAAAUUGCACGAGGAACUGGAAACUCAGACUUCAUCCAGCCAGGACUGAUCCAACUGCAGCCCAACCUGGAUGACUUCAUGGACAUUGUGGAGCCCCUGCAGGAGAUGCUGGCGGUGCGCGGGGCCGGGCUACCGUCUGUGCCGGAGGAGGACAUGCUGCCGGAGGUGGAGGGGGCCUCCCCGGAACUGCCCGUGGCCCCCUCCGCCCCCGCCACCACGGCCUCCACCACCACAGGGAUGCUAUACUCCACCUCCCCCACCACCACCACCUUCCUGCCCUCUCCAACACACCACCAGCAGCAACAGCAGCAGUACCGCCCCGCCAUACACCACCACCAGCACCACCAGCAGGAUGUGCAGCAGCAACAGCAGCAGCAGGCGCGGGAGCCACAGCAGCAGCAGCAGCGGCAGCAGCAGCUGGUACCGGUGCCCACACAGUCACCUCCUGUGUACCAGUCUCCCGUGCCCCUGCAGCAGCUGCCGCAGCCCUCCACGCCGCCCCACCAGCUGCAGCAGGCCCACACCCCGCCGCUGCCCCGCACCUUCCUCCGCAGCCACAGCCAGCAGGAGCUGGGCGCGGGGCAGGCAGCGGCGGCGGCUGCGGCGCCUCAACACGAUGCCUUCGCCGUGCCCAAGAGUGUGCCACGGCGCCGAUCCCACAGCUCAGGGGGCAGCAGCAGCAGCAGCAGCAGCGGAGCCAUCGUGGGCUCACCAUCACUGGCCCCUUACCAGAUGAUCAGUGGCCUCCCCAACCCUGCCCCAGCCCAGAUGCCCCCCCUCAACACUGCCCCACAUCGCCCCAGCCCCCGGCCCCAGCUCCUGCCGUGGCCCAGGUCCCGGCCUCCCUGAUGGUGCCGGCCCCAGUCCUCGCCUCAGUCCAGGCCAACAGUUCUUCCUCCACGUCAGCCUUGCUUGCUCAUCUUCUCACCUCAGGUCCAUACCAAGUUGCCGGCAGCAGCAGCAGCAGCAGCAGUAGUAGCAGCAGCAGCAGCACUCCGUCAGUGACCAGCGUUGCACAGCCAAUGGUCAGCACGAGUCGCCACAAGACUGAAGGUGACGGUAUCAAGACCACAUCCCUCGUCAUCCCUGGCCUCAUCACAGGCUGCGGCUCCCCCACCACCAGCUGUAUCACUAGCAACAACACCGUGUACACCCUGAGCAGUGAAGUGUGCAGUGUGAAGCCGGUGGCCACAGCCUCCCUCAUCAUGCCACCCAUCACCCUGUCAGCUGUCACGCCCUCCAAUCUUAAGACACAAACAUAUUCUCAGUCAAUCCCGCCAUGGAGCAGCCCCUGUUCCCCUCCCAGCCUCAUGAAGCAGUCCCCGCCCCACCCUGAGCCCACCUCCCCACACAUGGUCAACAUCCCCUCACCCCCCAACAAGGCCUUCAGGCCAAAGAGUGACUCGGAGAGGGUGCAGUACAAGGAGCACCGGCGAGUGUGUCACAUCAACGCAGAGCAGAAGCGUCGCUCAAACCUAAAAAACAACUUUGAUAUGAUGCACCAACUGAUCCCCUCCAUCAGUCAGAAUGCCAAUGCCAAGAUCAGCAAGGCAGUCAUGUUGCAGAAGGGAGCAGAAUACAUCCAGCAACUGAAAUCUGAGCGGCAGCAGCUGACCGAAGAGGCAGAGAAGCUCAGAUCACAGAUAGAGAACCUCAGCUUUGAGAUCAGCAACGCCCAGGCACAGCUGCCAGCCACGGGCGCCCCCAUGACCCACGCACGAUACAGCAAGCUCAAGGAAAUGUUCUCAGCAUAUGUGAAGGAGCAGACGCUUGCCAACUGGAAAUUCUGGAUUUUCUCGUUGAUCACAGAGCCUCUGCUGGAGUCGUACAAUAACAGUGUGAGCACAAGUUCUGUCGACGACCUAUGCCGGUCCUCCCUAGCCUGGCUGGACCAACAAUGCUCCCUCAACACUCUGCGGCCUUUGGUGUCCAGUUCGAUGAGGAAACUGAGCACCACCACCAAUGUGCUGGCCAACCCCGAGGGGCUGCCGGAGGAAGUGUUUCGGCGUGUCACCAAGCAGGAGGGGGAGCGCUUCUACCCCCGGUGAUACUGGCUUGGUUCCUCCACCCCUCCCUCUCCCCCCGACAGCCACUGCCAGGAGCCAGGAGUGUGAUGGGCUUGAAGGGGUGCAGGGAGCGUUGGGGGAGGGCUGGGCUGCCACAGAUGAGACAUGCCCUCCGCUACCAUGCUUUUGUCUGUGUGUGUAUCAUGUAGGGGUGUUGUGUGUGCUGGCAGCGAGUCAUGUAUGUGUGUGUGUGUGUGUGUGUGUGUCGUCCACGAACUAAGGUCUGGAUGAUGUGAUACAACCAAUGCAAUGCCUCUAACUGAGUGCAUGGGGGGGAGGGGGAGGGGAUGCCUGGACAUAUACAGGUGAAAACACAAAAUAAAUCAAUCAGCUUGAAGUACAAAUCCUUCUCUGGUCGCCUCUCUGCCUUGAGUGGCCACAGCUUAGAGAGAGAGAGAGAGAGAGAGAGAGAGAGAGAGAGAGAGAGAGAGAGAGCUCCUUAGUGUGACAGUGUGUACAGAUCGCAGACCCUUGUGCCAAGAGACAAUAGGGGCACUUUACUUACAGAAGGAGAAGGAGGAGUGAUUCACCAAUAGAAUAUGAGUUAUAAAGGCAGACAGCCCUUCCCUAUAUUUGAUACUGUUUUUACUCUUGCUGCCAGACAGUGUUUUAGUGUAGCAGGAGGAGGGAGAGAGGAGGAGAUGAUGAAGGGCUGGCCAAAGCUCACCUCCUCCUCGUCAGCAGUGAUUCUUUGGAGUUACUAUACACGCGAGCAGGAACUGUCGUGUGUAUGAGUGUAUGUAUGUAUGUGUGUGUAUAAUAUUAUCUCCUAGGUUGUAUUUUUUUUAAUUAUGCUAGCAAGAUAAUACAAAAGUUAUACGUAUUUAUUAUUAUGUAUUUUGUUAUGUUUGAUGAAGAGGGGCCACAGGCAGGCAGAUUAAUUGGUCCUCAUUUCUCAUACACCGAUGAUUUUUUGAGUAUUUAAUGUUAAUCCAUGUGAGAGGUGAAAGUUGUGAAGAUGUUUUACAAAUAAAGACAUUUACUACAA